GGUGUCUGUAAAUUAUCUUUAAAGUUUGACUUGGUGUGUCUACAUGACCAGAUGACUGAGGUGUAAUGUUGAGAUGAAUGAAUGAAACCAGCCGGAGAGGAUCAGGAAACCAACCUGACAAGUGGCAAAAUGGCCGCCGCCACUGUCACACUCGAGGAUGCCCUAUCCAACGUGGAUCUCCUGGAGGAAUUACCACUCCCAGACCAACAGCCAUGUAUUGAAGCUACGGCCGUCUCCAUUACGUACCAAGCCAACUUUGACACCAACUUUGAAGAUAGGACGGCUUACGUGACGGGAAUGUCCAAGUAUAUCGAGGAAGCAACUGUUCAUUCUGAACUGAAUAAACUGUUGGAAGAAGGAGAGAGCUAUGCAGUCAACCUGUACACAUGGAGAAGCUGCUCCAGGGCUAUGCCUGCCAUCAAAUCAAAUGACCAGAGCAACCGUGUGGAGAUCUAUCAGAAGUUUGUGGAGGUCAUUGAACCCGAGGUCACCAAACUGGUCAACUUCAUGUACUUCCAGCAACGAGCCAUAGAUGUCUUCUGCCGUGAUGUGAAACGUCUGUGUCACUCGGAAAGGAAAAAAGACUUUGUCUCUGAGUCAUACCUGUUAACCCUGGGUCGUCUUAUUAACAUGUUCGCUGUAUUAGAUGCACUGAAGAACAUCAAAGCUAGCAUCAGGAACGAUUACGCUGCAUACAGAAGGGCGGCUCAGUUCCUACGAGUCAUGGCUGACCCGAAUGCUCUGCGUGAGUCCCAGGAGGUAGUGAUGUUCUUGGCCAACAAUGAUAAGAUCACCCAGACACUGAAGGAGAACCUGACAAAGAUUGACGGGUAUGAAGAGCUCAUGAUUGACAUCAUCAACCUGUGUAUGGAGAUGUAUGAAGCGCGGCAGUUUGUAGUCCCCAGUGAGAAGCAUGUACUGGUUAAGGUUUUGGCAUUUGGUUUGUUCCUUUUGGAUAGCAAGGAAAUCAACAUCUACAAGCUAGAUCAGAAGAAGCGCAUCAACAUCAACAGAAUAGACAAGAUAUUUAAGCAACUGGAAGUUGUUCCCCUCUACGGUGACAUCCAGAUCCCAGUCUUCUCUUACAUUAAGAAGGGUCCAAACUACGAGGCUCAUAAGUCCUCAUGGAGUUGCGACUCCAGCAAUGGCUCCCAAUAUAACUUACUGGAGCAUCUCUCAUCGAUACGUGAGGACCACACAAGAUACAUCAGCCAGCUUGCUCGUCAUAGCAACAAGGAGAUGACCACAGCAAUGAAAAACACCGGGCGCUCUGAAGCUGAGAAUAAGCAACUGUACAACCUGGCUCUCAAGGGACUGUGCUUACUAUCCAAAUGGACUUCUCUGGUCACUGAACUGUUUUCAUGGAAGUUGAUCCAUCCAGCUGACAAGCGCACUAAUCCAAAGAUACCGGACACAGCUGAAGAAUACGAAAAGGCAACUCGUUACAACUACAGCAGCAGUGAGAAGUUUGCCCUGAUUGAAGUGAUUGCUAUGAUCAAGGGUCUACAGGUGCUAAUGACACGCAUGGAGAGUGUGUUCCAGGAGGCCAUCCUGCGCACAACGUACGCUGAGGUGCAAGACUUUGCACAGAAGACCAUCCGAGAUGGUCUCCGCACAGCGAUUAAGAAGAAGAAGAAGCUCGUUGAAACGAUUAUCCGUGCUGUACGUGAGACAUGCUGUGAUUGGGAUAAGGGUUCUGAGCCCAGGGAUGACCCAUGCCUCAAAGGAGAGAAGGACCCUAAAACUGGGUACACACUCAAGGUACCCAGGAGGACGGUGGGACCCUCAAGUACACAGCUGUAUAUGAUCCGUACUAUGUUGGAGUCACUGAUAGCAGACAAAGGAGGCACAGGCAAGAAGACACUUCGUAAGGAGCUUGAUGGGUCCUCCUUGGAGGCUAUUGAUGACUUCCACAAGAGAUCCUUCUUCUACAAGCAUCUCCUCAAUUUCUCAGAGACACUACAGCAGUGUUGUGAUCUUUCCCAGCUGUGGUAUCGAGAGUUCUUCCUGGAGAUGACAAUGGGAGAUCGCAUCCAGUUUCCCAUUGACAUGUCGAUGCCAUGGAUUCUGACUGACCACAUUCUGGAGACUAAAGACCCAGCUAUGAUGGAGUAUAUCCUCUACCCAUUGGAUCUGUACAGUGACAGCGCACAGUAUGCUUUGACAAGAUUCAAGAAACAGUUUCUCUAUGAUGAGAUUGAAGCAGAGGUGAACCUGUGCUUUGACCAGCUUGUGUACAAACUCAGCGAUCAGAUCUUUGCCCACUACAAGGCACUGGCUGCAAGCAUUUUGUUGGAUAAGCGUUUCCGUACCGAGUGUGAGAUCUACGGUAUCGGCAUAGCCUACCCUCCUGCUAACAGAUAUGAGACUCUACUCAGACAGAGACAUCUACAGCUGUUGGGUCGCUCAAUUGAUUUGAAUCGUCUGAUCACUCAAAGAAUCAGCACAGCUAUGUACAAGAGUCUGGAGAUUGCCAUUAUUCGCUUUGAGAGCAGUGACCUUACAGGCAUUGUGGAAUUAGAUUGUCUCCUUGAGGUGAAUCGGUUAACCCACUCCCUCCUGAGUAAACACAUGAAGCUGACAAACUUUGGCUCUAUGCUGAGGGAGGCCAAUCAUAACGUCAUGGCACCGUAUGGACGCAUUACUCUCCAUGUCUUCUGGGAACUCUGCUCUGACUUCAUCGUAUCGUUUUGCUACAACGGCUCCACAGAAAGGUUUGUACGCACCAAGCUUGCGUUUGUCCAGCCACACAACAGGGACAAACCUCCAUCCUCAUCACCAUCCUACAUCUACGGCAGUAAGUUGCUGAACACUGCCUUUGCGACAGUCAACAGUCUUUACAACUCUUUCGUUGGAAUCCCACACUGCCGUUGCAUUGCUCGGUUGCUUGGCUACCAGGGUAUAGCAGUCGUCAUGGAAGAACUCCUGAAAGUCAUCAAAAGAUCGAUGAAUGACUACAUCCUUCCAUAUGUAAAGCUCCUGAUGGAGGUCAUGCCAAAAUCAUGUAAACUACCAAGAUUUGAGUAUGGGACCAAAGGCGUGGUUGCUUACUACUCCGCCCAUCUCCAAGACAUUGCUCAGUACCCCGACCUCAAGAUGAACCUCUUCCACAACUUCCAGGAGAUUGGUAAUGCCAUCAUCUUCAUGAAGAUGAUGGAACAGUGUCUGGCCGUGGAGGAGGUUUGUGAUCUUCUCCAUGCUUCACCGUUCCAGAACAUUAUCCCAAAGCCACAUGUCAAACAGGGUGAGAAGUUGGAGAAUAAGUUGAAGAGGCUGGAAAUAAACUAUGCUCCUCUUCAAGUGGUGCCUGUUGUUGAGAAGAUGGGAACACAAGAGCAAAUCGCCGAUGCAAGAGAGGGUGACCUGCUGACCAGGGAGAGACUGUGUUGCGGACUGACCAUGUUUGAGAUCAUCCUACACCGCAUCAAGGGAUUCUUAUCCGACACUAUUCUGCAGGGUCCUGAACCAGCAAACGGUGUCAUGAUCAUCGAUGAGUGCUCUGAGUUCCAUAGAUUGUGGAGUGCCUUCCAGUUUGUCUACUGCCUACCACUCAAGGAGCAUAACUUUACACCUGAGGAGAGCUAUGGUGAAGGGCUGAACUGGGCCGGCUGUGCCUUGAUCACUCUGCUUGGACAACAGAAACGCUUUGAAGCACUGGAUUUCUGCUACCACAUCCUACGAGUGCAGAAAGUGGAUGGUGUAGAUGCAGACAUCAAUGGCAUUCCCAUCGGACGUCUCGUAGACCGCAUCCGCAAGUACCAGAUUCUGAACAACCAAAUCUUCUCUGUACUGAACAAGUACCUGAAGGCAAACGAGAGUGACACCACGCCUGUAGAGAAAAUACGUUGCUAUCAGCCACCAAUUCAUCAGUCCGUCAUUGAUGGAGGAAUGUAAAAAACAGAAAUGAUGGAAGACUGAAGAGGCAUGGUGGAAGGGCACUAGCAAGGAUUUGCAAAUGAAGUUUCUAAACACGCGUGCACGCUGUAAACUGAAAAAUAAGGCAUCUUUAAUAACAGAAUGUUUCAUAAGACACACACAUGCUAAUAUCUGGCAAAUGCCUUGAUCUGAAGUAUUGACGGGGAAGUUCGGAGAGUGCUUCUAUUUUUUUAUAUCUUUUUUUUAACAAUCCUCCAAAACCAAGAAGUUCAAGUUCAAAGUUGUCUUCAAACUCUUGUACUCUGUUACUUAGAAUUGUUUUUUUUUAAAUCCACCUGCAAAGCUGUCUCAAAAUAGUUGUUUGUUUUGUAUGUAGAGGAAACAACGGAUAAGGGGGGUUGCAUAAGUAAGAUUUUUUUGUGUAUGUACUUCUUGCCUCUUUCUUAACAUUUCGCAAGUUGGUUAUCUAAAAGACAGAAAACUUUUUUUGAAAUGAUACACAAGAAUUGCUAUUUAUUUUGUUGUUAUUUUAAUGAUAAACAGUAGGUUCAUGUUAUUUUAAUUUUUUGUUUCGGGGGGGGGGGGGGUUAACUUAAGAAUGAGGUCGGCUAGCAAGGUCAAAAAACAUCAAUCUUGUUCAAAGUUGUAUACCUAGUCUGCAACAUUGAUGUAGCACCAAAAAACAAUAGUGGACACUAUUGGUAAUUACUCAAAAUAAUUAUUAGCAUAAAACCUUACUUGGUAACGAGUAACGUUGAG